AUGCACCAUUUCAAAAACACGCCUCAGAAGCGUGGCCCCGGAGAGCGCUGGCACUGGGGAUUCGUCGGCGGCAUGUACUCGGAGGGAAGGCCCGCGGGUUUUCGUCGAGAAGGUCUUCUAGCCAUCAGAAGCCUCUUCAGAAGGCGCAAGGCCAUCAACAAAAUUACCGAUCAGCGAGUCAGUCUGACUCAGGAAGUGCUGUCCUCGGUUCGGUUUGUCAAGUACUUUGGCUGGGAGACCGCGUUCCUCGAUCGUCUCAAGGAGAUUCGCAAGCGCGAGAUCUACAGCAUCCAGAUCCUCCUGGCGAUCCGAAACGCAAUCAACGCCGUCAGCAUGUCAUUGCCCAUCUUCGCUUCCAUGUUGGCGUUUAUCACAUACUCUCUCACGAACAAUAACAUGAACCCUGCCGAGUUCUUGGGCAAGUCGUCGAUGCAUGGUCAUCCGUCAAGCGUAUUCAAGAAUUUCUGCUCGCGGAAGAACAAGAGGAGGAUGUUUGUGCGGAAGCCUGACGGCAAGCAUGCUCUAGAGAUGCAUGCCGCUGAUUUUACCUGGGAGAGGACGCCUACUCAAGACGCCGACAAGGGUGCCGAUGCCACGAAAGGUGCCAACGACACCAAAACGAUGAGCGAGACUGAGAAAUCUGGACAGCGGCCACCGUCUGCUGGCGACAGUUCAGGUGGCAGCACUCUUAUCGAAGAAGAGCGAGAGCCAUUCAAGCUGCAAGGCAUGGACUUUCAGAUCCACCGCAAUGAGCUGGUUGCGGUCAUUGGGACUGUGGGCAGUGGUAAAAGCUCUCUUCUCGCUGCAUUGGUAGGCGACAUGAGGAAAACGUCAGCGGGAGGCGCAGGGAAAGGCGGCCUUGUCGUUGGCGCUAUGCUGCUCAAUAGCGGCACGGGCGGACAGAGCGAGGCAGCAGGCAGGCGACCAAUUCCCCCGCCAGAGAAAGAUGCCCAAAGCCGAAGGCCCCGAGGAUGGCUCCGACAGCGAAGAAUACAGUGCCCUCGGGGACCCGUCGAGUGUUGCAUGAAGGGAACCUGGAGGGUAGGCCGGGACAGCGGCGGGGGCGUAGGUGGGAAUCUCCAGGAUGGUCUCGAUGGUGGGAAAGGUCAUGAUGGCAUCCCCAUCGUCGGUGCCUCCAGUGAUCUGAACAUCGCCCCCUGUUGUCGUCGCCCGUGCCCUGCGUCUGCGAGGUUGUCGCGGCGGUGGCUGUUGGUUGCGUCGCGGAUUCACCCCCCAGAAAUGGUCACAUCCGCAUCGGCAGAGGGCGAUGGUGUUGCUGACUCCGCGGCCGUAGACGCCGCCGCAGCGGUGGUCUCCGCCUCGGCCGUGGUUUCUGGCUGUUCUCCAGCAGAUGAAGGCUGGUUUGUGUUGGCAUUAUUGUUAUUGUUGUUGCCGCCGUUCUGA